ACGCCGCCACGGGCCUCCCCUGGUGGGGCAGCAUCCUGCUCACCACCGCGGCCCUGCGCGGCGCCGUCACGCUGCCCCUGGCCGCCUACCAGCAGCGCGUCCUGGCCCAGUUAGGUGGAAAAUUUGCAACCAGAAAUAAAGGACAUUGCCAGGCACCUUAACCAAGAAGUUGCAGUUCGUGCAAGGCAGCUGGGAUGGUCCAAAAGAGUGAGCCGGCUCACUUACCUAACGAACAUGAGGAGGCUUGUUUCAGAGCUGUAUGUUCGGGACAACUGCCACCCUUUUAAAGCCACGGUGCUGGUCUGGAUUCAGCUGCCAAUGUGGAUCUUCAUGUCGGUAGCCCUCCGGAAUUUUAGCACAGGAGCAGCACAUUCAGAAGUCUGUGCAGGCCCCUCCGUUCAGGAGCAGUUGGCGUCAGGCGGGGCGCUGUGGUUUCCUGACCUCACAGCGCUGGAUUCCACGUGGAUCCUGCCUGUCUCUCUUGGUGUCAUCAAUCUGUUAAUUGUGGAGAUCUUUGCUCUGCAAAAAAGCGGGAUGUCCCGCUUCCAGACGUACGUCACUCACUUUGUCCGUGCUGUGUCGGUGUUGAUGGUUCCGAUUGCUGCCACGGUGCCUUCCUCGCUUGUGCUCUACUGGGUCUGCUCCAGCCUUAUGGGCCUCUCCCAGAACUUGCUGCUGCGCUCUCCUGGAUUUCGCCAACUCUGCCGAAUACCACCGACCAAGUCAGACUCGGACACUCCUUACAAAGACCUCUUGGCUGCCUUUUGUGUCAAGUUCAUUUCAAGAAAAUGAUGUGUUUUCAAUCAUUUUGAAGGAAUUGCAAGUAGCACUAUUACUGUAGUGUGUUCAGAUUUGGGUCGUAUUUAAUUUGCCUUUUUAAAAAAUCAUGAGCUACAUAAAGUACUCUUGCUUUAGCUAUAAUUCACGUCUUCUGACAGUGUCUUUUAGUGCUAGAAGUAUAUACGGUUAAUUGUAAAAAUGUGUGUUUCUGUUUAUAAAAUCACGGCUCAUUAAAGGUGUCAGUACUUGGGGAAGACAGAAUUAGAUACUGAAUGUUAAAUUGUGCUUAGUACAGCACAUGAGAUUUUUGUAAAGUAAUAGGAUCUGGUGAAGUGAUUUCUAAGAUUUUGGAUUGGAGGAUGGUUAUGGUCUUGUUUGAGCAUUUCAUAAGAGGCCAUGUGUGGCUUUGUCUUCAUCAAAAUUCUGAGCCUUACAAUCUGAGAACCCUCAUUGACCCCCACUUGUCCUUUGGCAACUCCUAGCUAAGAAAUUCAGUGAAUGUUAAAUUAAUGUGUAGAUAGAAAAAAAAAAUAGAAAUACACGCAGUAAACUGGGUGUGGUAAUGACAGCCCAUAAUCCCAGCUACUUCGAAACUAGUAGGGAGACUACUUGAGCCUAGAUGUUUUGACCAGCCUUGGUAACAUAGUAAGACCCUGUCUUAAAAGAAAGGGUAGGAAUAAAA